CGGGGGGAGGGGCACGAGGAGCAGCGGCGGCAGCAGCGGCAGCAGCGGCGGCGGGAGCAGGACCGGCCGUGCCCACCCUCAUGCUCGCCCUCGCCGCUUGGGCGCUCAGAGGCCUCCCCAGAGCCGGCGGUUCCGCGUUCCUACCAAGAAUGACGCUGGGGAGAGGCGGCGCGGCCAGCCUCCGGGUCAUUUCUUCCCGUUCGGCGACCAGCGGAAACUUCUUAAAAUGGGACCUCACCCCGGAGCAGAUCAAGGCAAGGACCGAAGACCUGAUCGUGCAGACCAAGCAGGUGUACGACGCCGUUGGAAUGCUGGAUGUCGAAAAGGUCACGUACGAAAACAGUUUGCAGGUCUUGGCGGAUCUGGAGGUGAAGUAUGCAGUGGAAAGGAGCAUCUUGGACUUUCCCCAGCACGUCUCCCCUGACAAGGAUGUGCGAGCGGCAAGCACGGAGGCAGAUAAGAGACUUUCCCGUUUCGACGUCGAGAUGAGCAUGAGAGAAGACGUCUUUCAGAGGAUUGUUCAUCUCCAGCGGACGUGUGACCUCGGGAAGGUGAAGCCCGAAGCCAAGCGGUACUUGGAGAAGUCCAUUCAGAUGGGGAAGAGGAACGGCCUCCAUCUGUCGCCGGAAGUGCAGAGCGAAAUUAAAUCGAUGAAGAAGCGGAUGAGUGAACUGUGUAUAGACUUCAACAAGAACCUUAAUGAAGAUAACAGCUUCCUGACAUUCUCCAAGGAUGAACUUGGCUCCCUUCCCGAUGAUUUCAUUGACAGCUUAGAAAAGGUGGAAAAUAACAAAUAUAAAGUUACCUUGAAAUAUCCCCACUACUUUCCGGUCAUGAAAAAGUGCUGCAUCUCGGAGACCAGAAGGAAGAUGGAGCUUGCUUUUAACACAAGGUGCAAAGAGGAGAACACCAAGAUCCUUCAGGAGUUGCUUCCUCUCCGUGCCAAAGUAGCAGAGCUGCUUGGCUAUAACACCCACGCCGACUUCGUUCUCGAGGUGAACACUGCGAAGAGCACCAGUUGCGUAGCUGUCUUCCUCGACGACUUAAGCAAGAAGCUGAAACCUCUAGGGGAGGAGGAGCGCCAGCUGAUCCUGGACCUGAAGAAAAAAGAGUGCGCGGAGCGGGGGUUUGACUACGACGGGAAAAUCAACGCUUGGGAUCUGUAUUACUACAUGACCCGGGUAGAGGAGCUCAAAUUCUCCAUCGACCAGGAGAAGCUCAAGGAGUACUUCCCCAUCGAAGCGGUCACGGAAGGCCUGCUGACCAUCUACCAGGAGUUGCUGGGACUGUCGUUCGAGCAAGUGGCCGACGCCAGCGUUUGGAAUGAGAGCGUCACCCUCUACGCCGUGAAGGAUAAGGCUACCGGGGAGACCUUGGGACAGUUCUACCUGGACCUCUACCCAAGGGACGGGAAGUACGGCCACGCGGCCUGCUUCGGCCUCCAGCCCGGCUGCCUCCUCCCCGACGGCAGCCGCAUGACGUCCGUGGCCGUCCUGGUGGUGAACUUCUCCCGGCCGGCCGCCGGCCGGCCCUCCCUGCUGCGGCACGACGAGGUGAGGACCUACUUCCACGAGUUCGGCCACGUCAUGCAUCAGAUAUGUGCACAGACCGAUUUUGCUCGAUUCAGCGGCACGAACGUGGAAACCGACUUCGUCGAGGUGCCUUCCCAGAUGCUGGAGAAUUGGGUGUGGGACCCCGACUCCCUCCGGCAGCUCUCCAGACAUUAUAAGGACGGCAGCCCCAUCCCAGACAACCUCCUGGACAACCUCGUGGCUUCCCGGCUGGUCAACACAGGCCUGUUGACCCUGCGGCAGAUUGUUCUGAGCAAAGUGGAUCAGUCUCUUCAUACGAACACGUCGCUGGACUCCGCAAACGAGUACGCCAAGCUCUGCCUGGAGAUCCUAGGGAUUUCAGCAACUCCAGGAACAAAUAUGCCGGCUACCUUUGGACACCUGGCAGGCGGCUACGAUGGCCAGUAUUACGGAUACCUCUGGAGCGAAGUGUUUUCCAUGGACAUCUUCUGUAGCAGCUUCCAGCGAGAAGGAUUGAUGAAUCCCGAGAGCAUAUCAACCACAGAGCAGCCCCUCGACGGGGUCAGGGCGUUGUGGAGGAAUCAGGGCAGAGGGAGGGGACAGGAGUCCUGGGUCCCACCAUACUCAGCCGAGUGCGGUGGGUAUGAAAUACCGAAACCUCAUCCUGAAACCUGGGGGAUCCUUGGACGGCAUGGACAUGCUUCAGAAUUUCUUGAACCGUGAGCCAAACCAGAAAGCAUUCUUAAUGAGUAAAGGAUUGCACGCCGUGUAGAACUGGGAUUCUUUUGUAGCAGCCCCUGUCUGAUGGACAGCCUAGCUGGAGGGAGUUUGGCAGCCCAGAGAUCAGGGUUGGCUGGUUUCGUCACCGUUCGUUCUUUUUUUUAUUCGUUUUUAAAGCCGAAUGGCCGGAAAGAUCUCACCCCAGGAAAGACCCGGAAGAAAUGGGUUGUGCUUUAAAAGCACAAGUAAAUGUUGUGGUGGAUUUUUUUUUUAAAUAUAUACACAUAUACACCGAAAA